GCUAUUGAAGAGGGGGCAGAUUUCAAAGAAACAGACAUCCUCGGCAAUUAAGAUGGAGUGCUGAUAUGCUCCCAUGUGUAACACUGGAUCUCAAUAAUAGAACAAAUAUUGCAAACUUCAGUCAGUUUGCUGAUCGAAAAAGAACUUAUGAGGUCCAAGGUGUGACUAUGACUGGGUGUUACUAUGGUGAGAAUUACAAAAAGAGUCAUUAAUACUUUACUUUGCCAGAAUAUAUUUUAGCAAGCUUGGGAAAAAUGGCAUUCUAAGUGUGGAUGCACGUCCCUUAGAUGCCAUAAAUGUGGCAAAUAGAUGCAAGGCACCAAUAUUUGUAAGUAGACAAAUUGUCUUGGAAGAUGCUGUUAAAAUCGGUUAUGGGAUGGGCAGAAAACGUGAUACUAAAUCUACUUAUGAUGUGUCCCUUGACAGGUGAAUAUCUUUGCAGUUCUUGCAGUCGCUAAUUUUUUUUCCCUCUCCAUCGCAACAUGAAGUUUGUUAUCCAGGAGGUCUCCGUGGCCGAGGAAUGGGUCAAAAACGUGUGGAACGAAGCCAGGGUUGAAGCCAAUCUCCGUGACAAGGCUGAUAAGGCCCUGGGUGCUGCCAAACAGAAAAACCAAGAGCUUUCAACCCAGUUGACAACCGAAGAAAAGGCACGUAAGAGCAUUAAGGCUGGCUUGAAAAAUGCCCAGGACCAGGCUGAAGACCAGCGCAAAAAGCUCUAUCACAUUGAGAUAGAGCUGGCCACUCAGAAACAGUUAGUCUUGGAGCUAAGGGCAGACCUACAAAAGGCUAAGGAAGCAGCUCAAACGGCCAAGGAAGCUUCUGAGACUUUGGAACAACCAUCCUACAAGCGUGGGGUGCAAGAGACUGAGAUAAGGCUAACAGAUGAGCUGGCGGAAGUAAGUAGAGACUACUGCAAGGAGGUGUGGGCAGAAGCGCUCAACCGAGCAAAAGUCCCUGCUACUUCUGAGUGGAGGCUUGCUGAGAACACCUUCUUCCUAGAGGACAUCCGAGAGGUUCCAGCAGCGCUCCCUCCUCCCGCUAUUCUUACUUUUCCCCCUUCGGAGCAGCCCUCCACCACUCAAGCUUCCCUUCCCCCUUCCGAAGUCUCUAAAAGGCCUAACAAGGAGGCUGAGGUGGCCGAGGGCAAGGAGGCUGGCCAGUGGGGUCCUUAGCCUAAGGAUAAGGGCAAGGGCGAGGAGGCCAAAGUCCUGCCAAAAGCCAAAGGUAAAGAGGUUGCCCCUGAGAUCAAGGACGCUGACUCCAAGGCCAAGGAUGCUGCUGCCAAGGCUAAAAAUGCUAACUCCACAGCCAAGGAUGCUGAUCUCAAGGACGACCCACCCCGU